GAAUACUAUUGCAUCUUCUCUCUGCAUUUGUUAGCGAACUUCCUCAUAAUAAUCUACUUCAUGAACACGUUGAGUAUUCCGAAAAUAGUCAAAAUCCACACUCCAGAUGUUAUCCUGGUGCUUUUUUCUGUGGAACAAAAACAUGUCGCGUACCAAGCAACGUGGGAACUUCGAGAGAAUAUUAGAAAAACGAAAGAAGCACUGAAACCAUGGAAAAGAUCCCACAUGUUACGUGCGCUCGGGGAAAAAUUAUCGAAGUUGCACGUGUCACAACAGGAAGAAACUUUGCUCGCGUAUUUUUUUUCCUUCCUUUUUAUAUCUAAGAACGCGUGCCACGGUAAACGGACUGUGAAAUAGACCCGUUUUUAUAAUCGAGGGCUCAUCGAUAUUACGUCCUUUUGUUUUACACGAUCGUUAAACAGUUCUGCUUGUUGCGCACCUACAAGCUUCGAUCAAGGCACAAGUAUAAGGGCGAUGAUACAAGAACACUAUAACAGUUUCAGCAAAAUGUCGGCAAUACCCGAGAAAUUUCACGACACUCAGUUUACAAGCGAGCGGCAAGUGUUCUACAUACUGCUCAUUAUUGUAUCUGGACUAUUGAUCUUUUACAACAGGCAGAAGAAGUCCAAAUUGGUCAGACUUGGCGACAAAAUGCCGGGACCUAAGGCAUUGCCAAUAUUUGGAAAUGCCCUUAUAGUACUUGGAAAAUCGCCAUCGGAUAUUGUCAAAGAAGGUUUGGAAUAUGCAGAAAAGUACGGCAACGUGGUCCGAGGUUGGUUGGGGCCGAAGUUGAUUGUUUUUCUAAAUGACCCGGCUGAUGCAGUACCUAUUUUGAAUAGUCAUGUCCACAUAGACAAAUCGACAGAGUACGACUUUUUUAAACCCUGGUUGGGCGAAGGUCUCUUGAUAAGUACAGGCAAAAAGUGGCAAUCCCAUCGCAAGAUAAUAGCACCCACUUUCCACAUCAACAUCCUUAAGUCUUUCAUCGGUGUCUUCAAUCAAAACAGUCAAAAUGUGGUUGAGAAAAUGAGGCAUGAAAUUGGGAAAACUUUCGAUGUUCACGACUACAUGAGUGGUGUCACUGUCGACAUUUUACUUGAAACUGUGAUGGGAAUCACAAGACAAAAACAGGAUGAAUCAGGGUUCGACUAUGCGAUGGCUGUUAUGAAGAUGUGCGACAUUUUACAUCAGAGACAUUACAAGUGGUGGUUAAGACCUGAAUGCAUUUUUAAAUUUUCAUCAUUAUCAAAAAAACAAGCUGAACUAUUAAACAUAAUACAUGGACUUACAAAUCAGGUAAUAAAAAGUAAAAAAGAGGAAUACAAUUUAAAUAAAGCUAAAGGUAUAAUACGUCCAACUAUUGAAGAACUGAAUCGAGAAUCCAAUGGUGGUAGUGACAAUGAGUCAGAAAACAAUACAAAAAACACUGAAAACUUAUUUUCAGGGUAUCGUGAUGACUUAGACUUCAUCGAUGAAAAUGAUGUUGGAGAAAAGAAACGUCUUGCCUUCUUAGAUUUAAUGAUUGAAUCAGUUCAAAACGGCGCAAAUGAUAUAACAGAUCACGAAAUAAAAGAAGAGGUGGAUACUAUCAUGUUUGAAGGUCAUGACACAACAGCAGCUGGUUCCAGCUUUGUCUUGUGUCUUUUGGGUGUGCACCAAGAUAUACAAGCCCAAGCAUAUAAUGAAUUGUACGAAAUCUUUGGUGAUUCGGAUAGGGAAGCCACGUUCAAUGAUACUGUUCAAAUGAAAUACUUGGAAAGAGUCAUUCUUGAGACUCUAAGACUGUUUCCACCAGUACCCGUGAUAGCAAGACUAUUAAAACACGACGUUCAGAUUAGUACCAAUGACUAUAUAAUCCCUGCUGGAGCUACUGUUGUCAUUGGACCAUACACGAUACAUCGUAAUCCUAAAUAUUACAAAUACCCCCAUGUGUUUAACCCUGAUAACUUUCUACCAGAAAAUACACAGAACAGAAAUUACUACAGCUUCAUCCCAUUCAGUGCUGGUCCAAGGAGUUGCGUAGGUCGCAAAUACGCUAUGUUAAAGCUAAAGGUACUGUUGUCUACGAUUUUACGUAACUACAAAAUAACUUCAGAUAUCCCCGAGGAGAAAUAUGAAUUAUUAGGAGACAUUAUACUGAAGAGAGCAGAUGGCUUCAGACUCAAAAUAGAACCUAGACAAAGAACUCCAAAAUCAAAUCAAUAGUAAACAAAUUCAUAAAUAAUGGGUUUUGUGUAUAAUUGACGUUAUUAAAAAAAAUAUCUUAAUGUAAAAUGACUGAAGAUGUUAGCACUUAUUAGGGACAAAUAAAAUCUUGAAAUCAAAAUCUCGACUUGAUUUAAUAAUAGCUCUUUUACUAUCUUAUAGGUAAUAUUAGUCCGGUCAAAAUAGACAUUCAAGGUUACAUUAAUUCGCACCUAGCUGAAAAUUGGCAUGAAUGUUGGGAACCCCGUUCUUCUUCUGAAGAAGAAUACAACUUUUUCAACUUUUUACAUCGCUACCGUGCAUCGCUAUAUCUCCGAAAUGGUGAUUCUUAGGAAAAAAAGUGUAUGAACAAUUUUUAUAGAUAAUUGCAUGAUGAAUAAUGUUUGUCUCACCUAUUUUUAUAAUAAAACUUACCGUUUAGCUGGAAAACUCAAAAAACCGAUUUUUCCAAAAUUUGACCUAGAAAAUGUUUUUCCACUCGUUGGAUUCAUGUGGAUAAUUGACAAAAUGUGUGUAAUAGGGUUCCCAACAUUCAUGCCAAUUUUCAGCUAGGUACGAAUUAAUGUAGCCUUACCCCUAUUUUUGAAGCUAAUUUGACCGGACUAUAUAUCUGAUUUCCUAUCAAUACUAUUAUUGUUAACUUUUACAACCCUCCAUUUCUCCUCCAUAUUUAUUUAUCUUUCUAUUUUGGGUUGUCUGGCAGAGAUUGCUAGCACUAAGGCCGCCUAUAUUAUGUACGUUCUGUCUAUGAUGUCUUUUAUUUACUUGUGUGACUUGUAUGGUGUGUUAAAAUAAAGAAUAAUAUUAUUAUUUUACAUGUUUUCUUUUGCUUUAACGUGUAUCAUAAUUGUUUACUCUCACAGUAACUAUUUCAACAAUCAGAAGAAUUAUGAACAAUAUAAAUAUCUGCGCUUUUUGAUCAGAAAUCAUACAAAGUCAGUUACUAAAUAUAUAAAUAUAAUAAAAUAGCCAUUUUUUUAAAUCUAUCAUGGCAACAACUUAGGCAUGAAUCGUAAAAAAAAUUGUUUUGAUGUCGCGGAAGUUAGUCUUUUAUGCUAGUAUAUUCAGUUUAAGGUCAAAACAUUUUUUAAGUUCCUAAAACUAAAUUUUCUACGAUAUGAGACUAGAAUUGCUUGUCUAAAUAUUUUCUGAGAUGAAGCUUGUCAAACUUUUUUAAAACGUUUUAUAAUAUUUUAAACGUCACUCGAACCUUUCUAGCUGUUUGUAGUUCCUAUUACCUCCAAAGGGGUCUACUAGUGUUGCUCAUUUGAACCUUACACCUGACAAGAAAGCAGCCGCAAGAAGGUCAUCUCUAGAAAAAAGUCAGCUCUAGAAUAAAAAAUAUUAACUUUGAAAGGCUCUAUUUCAAAAACUAUGGAGUAGAGACAAUUUAAGUCUCAUAUUGUAAUAAAUUUUGUUUACGUUACAAACGGUUUAAAAAAAGUACAAGAAAGAACUGAAAAUUUGGUGUCUGAAAUAUGGGGUCUACAAAGUCAAUUUAAGUCUGAUAUUGUAGCAAAGGAGAUGGUUCAAAAGUGGUAGUCGGUUUCCAGCAGCGAUGAAACAUAUAUCAUAAGAUGAACAGAACAAUUAUCUCUGCUUUACUUACCUAUUGACUAGAAUAUAUUCGAUGAUUUGGCAACAAAAAAUUACACUUGCCAUUUA